GCCUCUGAAAACAAUGAUGUCAAUAGUUAUAAAAUGACAACAACAGUUAAGUGACCGACAGGCAGAAGUAAAUUCACGUCUUACCUUCCGAGAGCUUUACGUAAAAGACGUGCUCCGUGAAGUGUUGAGGGUAGGUGUGAAUAAACGGAAGAGUGCUGCAAAAUUUGUUUUCAUUCGAUGCAGAGCAGUUGUAUUUAAAGAAAUAUUUCGAGUGGCUGGUUGAAUAUUUUCAUCUCUCUGAAAAAGCUAUAAAUACUGAGGUGGGUACAGGAAGCUGGAAAUGACUGUGUGUUAUUUUGCAACUAUUAAAAAAAAAAAUUAUUAUGAAUUCAAUUGUCUGUCUCAGGCAAAUGCUUUCAGAAGAUGAUGGCCUUGCAUCGAGUGCUCGUGUGAGGGGCUGAGACGCUGCCGUUGCCCUGACAUCAAAUCCUGAGAAGAAAACGAGAAAAGCUCCUCAAAAAUGAAUGACGUCCCUCUCCUUGAUCGGCCCAACUGUUCCGACUCCGCUAAUUGCUCCUGGAGGAACGCUUCCCUGAUGACCUUUGGGGAGGAAUGCCACAACCACCUGCCCAUGUUCUUCAUCAUGGCGAUUGCCUACAGCACGAUUGCCCUUUUGGGCGUGGUGGGAAACCUUGCUCUCAUCCUCAUCAUCGCGAGGCAGAGGGAGAUGCACAACGUGACCAACAUCUUGAUCGCCAACCUCUCCGUCUCAGACCUGCUGAUGGCCAUCAUGUGUCUUCCCUUCACCUUUGUGUACACCUUCAUGGAUCACUGGGUCUUCGGGGAGGCCAUGUGCAAGCUGAACAGCAUGGUGCAGUGCUGCUCCGUAUCGGUCUCCAUCUUCUCCCUGGUUCUGAUCGCUGUGGAACGCUACCAGCUCAUCGUCAAACCCCGCGGCUGGAGGCCCAGCAACCUGCAGGCCUACAUUGGAAUAGGCAUCAUCUGGACCCUUGCUGUUAGCACCUCAGUACCCUUCAUGCUCUUCACCUUGGUAACCGAUGACCCCCUGAAGCUGUUACAAAACUUCCAUGAAGAGUACACCGGGAAGGUGGUCUGCGUGGAGGAUUGGCCCUCCCGAAAGUUGAGGCUCGCCUAUACCACCUGCAUGCUGUUGCUGCAGUACAUUGGGCCACUGUGCUUCAUCUUCAUUUGUUACCUAAAGAUUUAUACUCGCCUUAAAAAAAGAAAUAUCAUGAUGGACAAAAUGAGAGAGAAUAAAUACAGGUCCGGCGAAACUAAGAGGAUCAACGUGAUGCUCUUCUCCAUAGUGGUGGCCUUCGCCGUCUGCUGGCUCCCGCUCAACAUCUUCAACGCCGUCAUUGACUGGAAUCACGAGGUCGUGAUGAACUGCCACCACAACCCGCUCUUCUCGCUCUGCCACCUGACGGCGAUGGCGUCCGUGUGCGUGAACCCCGUCUUCUACGGCUUCCUCAACAAGAACUUCCAGCGGGACCUGGUGGCGUGCCGCUUCUGUAAGCUGACCUCCAGGGAGGAAGACUACGAUACGGUGGUGAUGUCGACGAUGCAGACCGAUGUAUCCAAGACUUCCCUCAAACCGGAGAGCCCAGAUAUAUAGAAGACCGAGACAAGGUUUACGGUAUAUUAAAAAUGUGUAUACAUUUACCUAAAAAGAGACGUUUGAAUGUCUUAUUGUAACAAAUGUAGCACCUCUCCAUUAAAGAGCACCCAACUAUUUGUAAGAUUGAAAAUAAUUUUGAAAUUUUUAUUUUGUAAGGAAAUGAGACACGUGACGAGGUCUAAAUAGGCCCAUGAGUUUGAUGCAGGUUGAAGAGCAACCUGCUUAUAUUACAUACAUUUAUCAUGUUCAGAGGUGCAAAUGAGACAGUCUGAUGGAUUUUUUUAAACCGAAACAUAUUAAUAUUUAAGGAGAAGCCACAGUGUUUGUUGUGGAUGUGUGCAAUGUUUCAGUGUCACGUGACGUUACAGGAGCUCCGUGGAACAUUUCAGUUGUUUGGUGACGGUACGUUGUUCAAAGUCCCGCGCUGUGUGUUUCCAAUGUAACUUCAUUAAACUCAAAUACUCAGGCUAAAAAGCCUACGUAAGCCGUUUUCUCCCGCAGGCAUCGCUCACGUGCUAUUAUUUCCACAGCUUUUAUGAGUGCAUUAAAAAGGAUCCAUGUGAAUGUGGGUGACACAGUGGUAAUGUGUUGACAGUCCUGACAGAUUUAUGGAUUGUAAGAUUAUGUAGUGAAACCAAAGAUUAUUCUACAGCCUGGAUGUACCUUUGUGGAACUCAAAGUGUAAACUGUAAAACUGCGGUAAUAGCUGAUCAUGUUUGCUUCAUUAAAUAUUGCCAUUAAUAUUGUCGUUAAUAUCGUUGCUCGUGGUUUCAACUUAUUACUGCCUUGUAAUAUAUUCAUGUCUUUUAGAAUCCAAGGAAUACUGGUAAACUGAUGUACAGCAUAUUUUACAUGAUCUGAUGUAAAAUAAUUUGUUUCCAGAAACAUUGUGACAUAUAAAGUACUUAAAGUGAUGUUACUGGGUGUCCAUAUACUUAAUAGGGUAAGAUGUUAGAGUAUGUUACUGACAUUAUUGUUAGAACAGCUGCCUUUGGACUGAAGGGUUGUAGGUUCAAU